AUGACAAUCUUAAACUCAUUAAUAUCCUUAUUUUCAAACUCCAACUCUGAUAUUUUAAAUAGUAUAUCAAACAUUUCCGGAGGUUCAAAUAAUCAAUCAAAUAUAAAUUAUUCAAAUUCAAUUUAUAAUUCAAGAAUAGGACAAACAUCGAAUCAUAUAACAAAAAAUACAUUAUAUUUUUAUUAA